ACCUAUAAAGUGCGUUGAAAACAUUAAACCCUAAAAAAAAUAACUUAUUAUUUUUAUUAUAAAUUUCAAAAAGUGUUAUUGAUAUUAAACUUGUAACAUGGACAAAAUGCUAAAGAGAUGCUUAGUAAUAAAUUGCGGAAGUCGAUCUGAUCGGGAUAAAGAUUUGAGGUUUUUCCCUAUUCCCACUGUACAAAACUCCUCAAUUACUCCCAGGGCAGAAAUAUCCAGGAAGAGAAGAGAAUUUUGGUUGGAGGCUAUUGGAAGGGGCAGCAUGUCAGAGGCAACCAUUAAAAAUGGAAGAGUAUGCAGUAAACAUUUCAUUCGAGGGUUUCCCACUCGGUUAACAGAUGAUGAUGACCCUGACUGGGUUCCAUCCCUGCAUAUGGGGUUCACAAGCACAGGCUUGAAACCUGAAGAUUUCAUUGAUUUACAGCAGGAGGAAACUGAGGAACAUUUACGUAAUAUCCCUGAAGCAAACAUGAAUUUAAAUAACAUAGAAACGGUCAGGGACUCCGACAAUUCGGACACAGAAGAACAUUCUCCAUUCGCCGAAUCUAUUUUUGAUACCUUACGAGACAUCCAAGAGAAUAACCCCCAAGUUGAGGCAGUUUUUAUCGAGGAAGAAGAUGAUGCCAAGGGAAGCUCACUGUACGAUCCCAAGUCCCCUUUUCAUAGCGAAUCCAGUGACGAUGUCCAGUUUAUCAAAGAAGAAAUUGCGCCUGCAUUUAAACCGGUCGCACCCAGUGAUUAUAUAACGGUGAAGGCGAUGUCACCCUCUCAAAUGAACCCCAGCAUAAUGCAGCAAGGUCAUACGAUUGUCCUGCAAGAUGGCACUCAAAACAACUCCAAAUCAACGAAACUGUUGGUGAUCCCGAAAGAUGUUAUACCAGUGUUGGCGAAAACCAAAGGCCCCCUGGCGAUUAAUGUGCCUGGCAUCGGGCCCUUGCUUAUACCAAAACCCGCGGAUAUGUUUCAGUCGACGCAGAAAACCUUGAAUCAACCCAUCAUCCAAACAACUGUAAUAGAGAAAAAACCGAAAGUCUUAAGAUAUGAACCCCUGAGAGACCCCAAGUUUUUUUGUUGGCUAUAUAGGGCGCAUCUAAAAAGAGACCUGGACGGCUUCAGCAUGAAGGACCGCUUAGGAUUUUAUAAAAGAGAGCAAGAGAGAUGUAGAAUGUGCGUUACAAAAUUGAGAGGGGCCAUCAGUAAACUGGAAAAAUCGAUUGCCGAAUCGAAACACAGACUCGUCGAUAUCAGAUAUAAGAACAGCAGCUUCAAAUUGGUGGACAUCAAUUCGAUUAAGGCAGAACCGAAAACGUUCGUAAGAAAAAGAUAUGCCCGAAAGAAACACUUGGAAUUUGAACAGUUACGGAGGGAGCACGUUUUAGAAUCCAGAUACUCAUCGACAGAUAGUGAGGACGGUUUACUUGUGACGAAAAAAGUGGUGCCAUUGCAUGACGACCUUCGUAAUAAUGAGCCUCAGGUGGUAUCCAGAAGAGGUAGAGGAGGUAGAUUCAAUACAUUGAAAUAUCCACCGGUAAAAGUCGAGGUAACUGUUCGGCACCAACGCCAAAGAGGUAGGCCAAGAAAAAGGGGCAGAGGCAGAUGGAAUAGCGUAACUGUAAAAGAGGAAGCACACAGUUUUCACAAAGACCCACUGCUAUCAGCUUUCAAAGAAACCACUUUUCAUGUUAUAGAUAAUCUGAGACAGUUUCAGCAAGAGUUAGAUCCAGGUAAACCCUUGCUGGUGGUCAACAAACAGCAGUGCGUCAGCGUGGACUUGGCCGAAACGCUUAAUAAGAAUAACGUAGUGUUUCCUCUAAGUAGACAUAGUGAUGUUUUAGGUAAUUUAGGACCUCCUGAACUGGUCAAAUUCAUUAAGUUUGUCACCCCGGAUGUUUUGGGGAGGCAUUUGGGCGGAGCCACAGAAGUUUACUUAUGUUGGCUGCCCUACUCGAACGAAAGAAAUGGCUAAUCGCCGCUGUAUAUCCACGCCUUUACAUCAUUCAAACCUUACGUCGUGUGUCAAAGUUUGUCAGUUUGACAGCGAAUAUCAAAACAAUUAGGUUAUAUCCACGUGUGUGUGUACGUGAGUGUACUGCCGGCUGGAAUUAUUUG